AUGUUUGGGUUUAGGAAAGCAGCCCCUCCAAAGGAGGAGAACCCCGCAGGCUCAGAAUCUUCCGCUCCUCCUGAGACAACCGUUAAACCAGAAAGAAGAACAACCUCAGAACCUGUCAUACCAGCACCAAAAUCCAAAGGAAACUACUUUGAUGACGACGAUGGCGAUGACGAUUGGGGAAGAGGAAGAAAGACUUCUGCCACUUCAUCAUCUUCCUCGGCUGCUGCUAAAAACAGGUACAAGAACAAUUUCCAGGACUCUGGGGGCCUAGAGAACCAGAGUGUCCAAGAGCUGGAAAACUAUGCUGUAUACAAGUCUGAAGAGACAACAAAGGAUGUUAAUAAUUGUCUGAGGAUAGCUGAGGACAUCAAAGGGGAUGCUACAAGGACCCUUGACAUGCUGCACCAACAGGGUGAGCAAAUCCACAGGACCCACAAUAUGAUUGUUGAGACCGAGAAGGAUUUAAGUCGGGGUGAAAAACUGCUGAACAAUCUUGGAGGCAUGUUCUCUAUGCCCUGGAAGCCAAAGAAGACCAGGGAGAUUAAAGGCCCCAUAAUUACACCAGACAAGCCAUCCAAGACAAAUGAUAAGCAGCAUAAGGAAGAGAGGGAAAAAUUAGGCCUAAAUGAUGGUAAAGGAAAGGCAGUUUCUAAAACACCUCCUUCUGAGCCAACAAAUGCAUAUCAGAAAAUUGAGAUGGAGAAGAACAAACAAGAUGGCGCACUUGAUGAUCUGAGUAAUAUCUUGGGCGAUUUAAAGGGUAUAGCAGUUGACAUGGGAACUGAACUUGACAGGCAAAACAAAGCACUUGAUCAUCUUAGUGAUGAUGUGGAUGAACUGAAUUCUCGAGUUAAGGGUGCCAACCAGCGUGCUCGUAAACUGCUAGCAAGUUAG